GCAGCACCACAGCUGCGCUACUGCGUGUCUGUGCCUCGCUCGCUCGUUAUAUAUUAGAGGAAGAAUAAAGCAGAGGAAAUACAUCAACGUUAUAGCGACAACGGCCGACGACGGCGAAUCCGCGUUAGUUACGUACGAGACGCCCGCAUCGAUGGUAGUGGCCUGCUUUUAUCAGCCGCGAUUAUUACGAUAUAUUUCAUGUGAUUUAGUAAUAAAUAAAGAGCGAUUGAACGGAAGGCAUCGACGAGACAUAUAAAACAGACGCACGUCAAAAUGAGCUGGAGUAGCUACGAGCUGCUCACCGGCUUCGGCCUCGUGUUUCUCGCCGUCUACUACUACUUCGUGGCGAAUUUCAACUUCUGGCGCGACCAGAAGGUCAAGGGCCCGAAACCACUGCCCUUCUUCGGCAACGUGAUCGACAUCAUGCUGGGCCGCUCGUCCCUCGGCGAUUAUCUGGCCAAGGUCUACGAGGAGUUCAAGGACGAGCCGCUGAUCGGCAUAUUCACGCGUCGCACCCCCGUGAUCAUUGUCAAGGAUCCGGAACUGAUCAAGGACGUGCUGAUCAAGGACUUCACCACGUUCGCCGAUCGCGGCUUCACCAUCAAUCCGCGCGUCGAUCCGCUGUCGCAGCAUCUGUUCUCGCUGGAGCCGCAGAGGUGGCGUCCGCUUCGUCACAAGCUCUCGCCGACCUUCACCUCGGGCAAGCUGAAGGAGAUGUUCUAUCUGCUGGUCGAGUGCGCCGAUCACUUCGAGGAGUAUCUCGAAAAGCAGGUCGAGCGGGACUCGGUGAUCGAGUGUCGCGAGAUCACGGCCAAGUUCACCACCGACGUCAUAGGCUCGUGCGCCUUCGGAUUGAAGAUGAACGCCCUGGGCGAGGAGGAGAGCCAGUUUCGCACCGUGGGACGCAAGGUGUUCCAGAUCAACGGCAUGAAGUUCAUCAAGAUGCGCAUCAGGGAGGCGGCCCCCUGGCUGCUGGAUAUGCUCCCGGCGCUGUUCUACGAUCACGAGAUCAACGACUUCUUCAUCGAGAGCAUGCGCCAGACCAUGGAGUAUCGCAGGAAGAACAACGUGAAGCGAGCGGACUUCGUCGAUCUGCUGAUGGAGAUCAGGGACAAUCCCAGCAAAGUUGGCGAUAUCGAACUGGACGACAUCCUGAUAACCGCCCAGGCGUUCGUCUUCUUCAUCGCCGGAUUCGAGACGUCCUCGACGACGAUCAGCAACGCCCUCUACGAGCUGGCGCUGAAUCCGUCCGUGCAGGACAAGCUGCGCAACGAGAUACGCGAGACCCUGAAGAGCUGCGACGGACAGCUCAAGUACGAGACCAUCAAGAGCAUGAGCUACAUGGACAAAGUUUUCAACGAAACCUUGAGGAAGUAUCCACCGGUGACCACGAUAAUGAGGCAGUCCAUGGAGCCGUACACGUUCUCGGGCACCAAAGUCACGAUACCGGCCCGCACGAGGGUCUGGAUUCCGGCCUACGCCAUACAGCGCGAUCCCGCGAUCUAUCCCGAUCCGGACACCUUCGAUCCCGAGAGGUUCAGCGAGGAGAACAAGAAACUGAGGCACUCGUCGUUCUUCUUGCCGUUCGGCGACGGGCCGAGAAACUGCAUCGGUAUGCGAUUCGCCAACUUCCAAUCCAAAGUCGGCCUCGUUAAGAUUCUGAAAAAUUACCGAGUCGAGGUCUGCGACAAAACUCCCAUCCCGUACGUGAAUAAUCCGAAGGCAUUUUUGUUGGCGCCCACCGGUGGUAUACACUUAAAGUUCACCAAAGUCGCCUCGUAAACGAAGAAAAUGAAAAAAAAAAUUGUGUACAUGAGAAAUAAGUGUGUCACGAACGAACCUUCAUAGAUAACGACGAGAGAGGUGCACAAUGUACAUAUGAGAAAAAAAAGAAAAAAAAAUCCGCCCAACCUCUCCCGCGCGCCGUCGACCUCGACCGCAAACCGUAAAAGACGUCGAGAUGUAAAUCGUCGUUCGAAAUAUCGUAAAAAAAUGAAAUUGGAUGCUUUUGAUUUUGAGGUGUUAAGAUUAGAUGACAUAAGUGUUAUUUUACUGUUGAAUAUGUACAAAUAUACUUGUAAGAAUAAAUUUAAACGAAUUCUGAAUAAAAUUUUUUAUUCCAACUCGAA